AUGCAAUAUUUGCUCAAGAGCUGGCUCACCAGUCUGGGUCCCCGCCCUCUCGUUCGCAAAGAUGCAAGUCAGCGCCUGGAGCCUGCCGCCGUUCCACCAAGGUAUGUAUGCGAGGAGUUGACCACUGAGUUUGCCAAUUACUGGACGAAGAUUCAAGAAGAUGACAACGAGGGGCUUGAGGAGAUCCAGCUGAGUGCACUGAUUCGUUGGCACGCUUUCCGAUUCAAGUUCGGAAAAAGCACAGAGGAGCAGCCACUUCCUCUCGAUUUCUUCGUUGAUAUCUUCGACGACUAUUUCUUUCUUGGCGCUCUGCGCCAGUACAUAAAAGUCAAGUUGGCAGAUGAUACGCCUGCAAACUCUGGCUGGGUAGGGAUCACCAAAAGGAAAGAAUCAUGCAUAUCCUCAGCGACACGAGAGAUCCAGAUAGAGGUCAAACGGCAGCCCAACCAGCUCUGGACACACAAACUUGUACAUGAGUACUUGGACACCCUGCUGCACGAGAUGAUCCAUGCAUUCCUCAUCCUCUACAGCGCCCCAGUGGCGUCUCAGGGGUGUCAUCACAGGACUGUGGAAACAGAGGGGCUGACCGGACAUGGGCCAUGUUGGGUCAAGGUUGCCGCUGCGGUUGCGGCGGAAGCUGAUAGGUCACUCGGCGUGUUGUGGCACAAGUGGGAUUUGGGGAUUGCGAGUGCGCGUCUUUCGGAGGGAGAGGCCCUGAGACGAUCGAAUGAGCUAAAGGGAUUGAAUAUGAUGGAUAAAGAGUCGGGUUAA